AUGCUGCCCUCGACUCAGCGCUCCAUCUUGGCGCGCACUCUUCCCCACAUAGCCAAGACCGCACCUGGUACGCGCGUCGCCUACGCCCCGACACCUCCAUUGGUCUCCCAUGCAGUCACGGAUGCUACACCCCUCUUUAUACGCCAUCCUGGUACCGUAGCCGCCUCUCAAGCGCACUCUGCGCGCGGCUUUGCAUCGGCUGCGGACCCGUCGUUCUCCCCGCUUGGGCAGUCUGCUCGCAAGCCUCAUUUUGACAAGAUCUUGAUUGCCAAUAGAGGAGAGAUUGCAUGUCGCGUCAUCCGAACUGCCAAGAAGCUAGGCAUCAAGACCGUCGCUGUCUACAGCGAUGUCGACGCGGAUGCACUUCACGUCCAGAUGGCCGACGAAGCAUAUUGCAUAGGUCCAGCACCUUCGUCAGAGAGCUAUCUCCGCAUGGACAAGAUCAUCGAGGUCUGUCGCCGUAGUGGUGCACAGGCCGUCCAUCCCGGUUACGGCUUCCUUAGCGAGAAUGCGAAGUUUGCGGAGAAUCUCGCGAAGGAAGGGAUUGUAUUCAUUGGUCCGCCCGCUGGCGCAAUCGUCAGUAUGGGAUCCAAGAGCGAGUCAAAGACGAUCAUGUCCGCUGCUGGUGUACCCGUUGUGCCUGGCUACCAUGGCUCAAAUCAAGACCCAGAGCUCCUCUUUGAAGAGGCUGCCAGCAUAGGCUACCCCGUCCUUAUCAAAGCCGUCCACGGUGGCGGCGGAAAGGGCAUGCGCGUAGUGCACACUCCGGGCGAGUUUCACGAAGCGUUGGGCUCCGCACAGCGCGAGGCGGCGAAGUCGUUCGGGAACGCGGACGUCCUCGUCGAGAAGUACAUCGUGCACCCGCGGCACGUCGAGGUGCAGGUGUUCGCGGACACGCUCGGCGAGUGCGUCAGUCUGUGGGAGCGCGACUGUUCUGUGCAGCGCAGAAACCAAAAGAUAAUCGAGGAGGCACCUGCGCCUGGACUAUCCCAAGAACUGCGUGCGGACCUGAGUGCAAAGGCUAUUGCGGCUGCGAAAGCUGUGGAUUACGUUGGUGCUGGCACGGUCGAGUUCAUAUUUGACAAUGAUACCCAGGGGUUCUACUUUAUGGAAAUGAAUACAAGGUUACAGGUGGAACACCCUGUGACGGAGAUGAUCACCGGACUUGACUUGGUGGAAUGGCAAUUGGAGGUCGCAGCAGGAAACCCACUCCCUCUAGCCCAGUCUGCCGUUCCCCUCGUCGGACAUGCAUUCGAGGCGCGUAUCUACGCCGAAAACCCACGCAACGACUUCCUGCCCGACUCCGGGCAACUCCUCUACCUCUCCACUCCAACGCCAACCCACACCUUUGCACCCACUGUCACUCUGCCACCGCCUUCGGUCCCCUCGGCGUCCCCACUAUCUGCGUUAACGCCCACACUGAGCUCCUCUCCGGUCGCGCCGUCCCUCAGGCUUGAGCAGGGAUUCGAGCAGGGCGCCCAGAUCGGUGUGUUCUACGACCCAAUGAUCGCCAAGCUCGUCGUCCACGGGCGUGAUCGCACCGAGGCGCUGCGCAUGCUCCGCGGCGCGCUCGAGGAGUACAAGGUUGUAGGGGUGUCGACCAACGUCGAGUUUCUCCGCGCACUCGCGGGGAACACGGCGUUUGUGGAGGGGCAAGUCGAGACGGGGUUCAUCCCGAAACACCGACACGCGUUGUUCCCUCCCAUCUCGGAGCCUUCGCCAGAGGUCCUCGCGCAGGCUGCGCUCUUCCUCGUGCUCAGGGACCAGCCAGCGGUGACCACCACAUCCGCGUCCCCGUGGACGUCGCUCGCCUCGCGCCGCUUCGGCGGAGACACCCACGAGCGCACCCUCACAUUCCAAUCCGACGACGAUCCCUCCUCCCAGUCUUCCUCCUCGCUUCUGACAGUCCACGUCAAGCCUAUCGGCCCCGCGCUGUUCGACAUCACAGUGCACACGCCCAGCAUCGACACACCGCACGUCUUCCGCGCCGUCCCCGCACGGCUGGACGCGCCCACGACGCUGCACACGACGCUCGGCGGGGCCGCGCUGCGCACGACGAUCGUCGCGCAGCGCCCGCCGCCCACAUCGCCCGCGACGGCGGAGCGCGUGCACGUCUUCCACGGCGGGCGGCGCACGGCGCUGCACGUUCCUGCGCCGGCGUGGCUGCAGUCGCUCGGGGCGGACGCGCGCGGGGCGGCGCGGGGGGCGCUGCGCGCGCCGAUGCCGAGCGUCGUCGUCGAGGUGCGCGUUGCGCUUGGGGAGCGCGUGGAGAAGGGCCAGGCGGUGGUCGUGUUGGAGAGCAUGAAGACGGAGACGGUGUUGCGGGCGCGUGCGGCGGGCGUCGUAAAGGCUGUGGGGUGUGUGAAGGGGGAGAUGGUCGAGGAGGGGCGGGAGCUGGUGGAUAUUGAGGAGGAUGAGGAGGAAGAGGUGGCGCAGUGA